AUGACUUCUGUCAACCCGUUCAGCUGGGACACCAUGGACGGCAAGCCCGAGCCGGACGACGACCUGCACGACCCGGAAAAGGUCGACGACGCAAACGCCUCGCGCUGGACCUCACGCGCCAUUCUCAAUAUCGGCUCUGUCUCGAUCCUUAGCCUCGGCCUCCUGAUGCUCUUCGCGGGUUACCCGGUCCUCAGCCACUACUUUGGCCGGCAAUACAGCAACCAGGGCGGCUUCGGCCUCGGCGGUACCAACGGGUCGGGCCAGGUGUCGAGCGUCCCCAACGUCCGCACAACGCUCAUUGACCCCGACACGCCCAGCUCGGCCAGGACGCGCUUCGGCACAGACGGCCAGACGUACAACCUCGUCUUCUCCGACGAGUUCAACACCGACGGCCGCAGCUUCUACCCCGGCGAUGACCCCUUCUGGGAAGCGGUCGAUCUGCACUACUGGGCCACCAACAACUACGAGUGGUACGACCCCGCGGCGGUGACGACUGUGGACGGCGCACUGCGCAUCACACUCAGCCAGCAUGAGGAGCACAACCUCAACUUCCGCGGCGGCAUGGUCCAGACGUGGAAUAAGUUCUGCUUCACCGGCGGCAUUGUGGUCGUCUCCGUCCGCCUGCCCGGCUUGGCCAAGGUCCCGGGACUUUGGCCUGCGAUCUGGAUGAUGGGCAACCUCGGCAGAGCCGGCUAUGGCGCCACGCUUGAGGGCACGUGGCCCUACUCGUACGAGACGUGUGAUGUUGGCACGAUGCUCAACCAGACCAACUGGGCCAUGGGGACGCCGAAUCCGGACACGCUCAACCUAGGCGACUGUGCGUUCAAUUCAAAGCAUUUCACCCAAGCCCUAUCGUAUCUGCCGGGCCAGCGUCUCUCAGCUUGCACAUGCUCUGGCGAGGACCAUCCGGGCCCCAAGCUGUCGGAUGGGUCUUACCGCGGCCGCUCUGCUCCCGAGAUUGACAUCUUCGAGGCUCAAGUGUCCGAGGGGGAAAUGAAAGUCUCGCAGUCGGCUCAGUUUGCGCCGUUCAAUGCGUACUACAAGCUCGUCGCUGAGCCAGACCUGAUCGGCUUAGGGACGGUCAUGAACACCUACACCGGUGAGGUCACCCAGCAGGCUGUCUCAGCUGUCACGCCGACGGACCAACACGCGACGCAGUACGCGGUGGAUCCGCUCACGGGUAGGAUGACGAACGGCACUUUCUCCGAGUACGCGGUCGAAUAUGAGCCGGGUGAUGACGGGUACAUCUGGUGGGAAGCCAGCGGGAAGCCCGCUUGGAAGCUCGGCCCGGAGUCGCUGGCUGCCGACCCCUUGUCCAAAAUCUCCAGACGUCCCAUCCCAUCGGAGCCGCUAUACCUGAUCAUGAACUUGGGCAUCUCACAGAAUUUCGGCACCCCCAAUUGGAAAGGUCUCAAGUGGCCCAACAUGAUGGACGUCGACUGGAUCAGAGUCUACCAAUUGCCAGGCCAGAACGUUGGCUGCGACCCCUCCGACUACCCGACUAAGGAUUACAUCAACCGUCAUAUCGUGGCUUACACAAACCCCAACCUCACCACCUGGGGCAACUCACCAGAAGUUGGCGGUUACGGCCAGAACUGGCCGCGCAACAAGCUCUACUCGCAGGGCUGCUCGGGUCCCGCGAGUACUACCCCCGGCGAUCCCCUCGUUGCGUAUCAAAAGGCGGCGUACGUGCCCAAAGCAGAGGUUGGAACCACGAACCCGUCCCUCUGCGCCGUCACCCAGAAUACCAAGAAUGCGUGA